GUCACGAGUCACGACUCAGUUCUGCAUGACCACUGCAACCGCAUUUGGACUCACCUAACUAACAGCAUAUUAACUGUUUUAUUUACCACUUCUUCUCAUCUCCCUUGCCAGUUUCGAUAACCUUCUCUAUCGAUCUCCACGUGACCCUGAAAAACCAAACCAAAAAAAGCUCCUAAAUUUCGUUUGGUAUUCGUUCAUACGCCGACAGCAACCUCCAUUCAAUUCAAUUUCUGGGGAGCUCUUUGGUGUGGUGAGCUGCAGGCAGCAAUGGCGUCCGAUCCUGAGCAACCCGCGCUCUCUUCUCUCGCAAAGGUGGGCAAGUCUUCAGGUGAAAUCGGCGACACACAGGAGCCACUUCUUAAUGGGGUUCACAAUUCAGAAAACUAUUCUCUUAUUGCCGCAAUCCUACCAUUUCUAUUCCCAGCUCUCGGAGGACUACUAUAUGGCUAUGAUAUUGGUGCAACAUCAUGUGCUACAAUCUCCGUAGAGUCGGCCACAUUAAGCGGAGUAUCAUGGUACAACUUAUCAUCUGUGGAAAUUGGUCUCAUAACCAGUGGCUCAUUGUACGGGGCCUUGAUUGGAUCUUUGAUGGCCUUUAACAUUGCUGACUUCUUAGGAAGAAGGAGGGAGUUGAUUUUGGCUGCUUUAUUGUAUCUUCUUGGAGCUCUAGUUACAGCAGUAGCACCCAACUUGCCUGUUAUGGUGAUUGGACGCUUGGUAUAUGGUAUAGGAAUUGGAUUGGCAAUGCAUGCAGCUCCAAUGUAUAUUGCUGAGACAGCUCCAAGUGCUAUACGAGGUCGCCUAAUAUCACUCAAAGAGUUCUUCAUUGUACUUGGGAUGGUUGCGGGUUAUGGAAUUGGUAGCCUUUUAGUUGACAUAGUCGCUGGUUGGCGCUAUAUGUAUGGCGUUAGUGCCCCUUUGGCAAUAAUUAUGGGUAUUGGAAUGUGGUGGCUACCAGCAUCACCUAGAUGGAUCCUUCUGCGUGCCAUACAGGGGAGAGGAAAUAUGCAUGAGUUAAAAGAGACUGCAAUCAGUUGCUUGUGCCAGCUUAGGGGUAGAGCCAUUGGUGAUUCAGCUCCUGAACAAGUAGAUGAGAUGCUGGCUGAGCUUGCUUAUGUUGGUGACGAGAAAGAAGCUACAUUAGGGGAGAUGUUUCAUGGAAAAUGCUUGAAGGCCCUUGUGAUUGGUGCUGGAUUAGUCUUGUUCCAACAGAUUACAGGGCAACCAAGUGUGCUGUACUAUGCUGCAUCGAUUUUUCAGAGUGCAGGAUUCUCUGAAGCGUCUGAUGCAACACGGGUCUCAAUUUUACUUGGCGCUUUCAAGUUGAUAAUGACUGGAGCAGCUGUUCUUGUUGUUGAUAGACUCGGGAGAAGACCUCUACUACUAGGAGGUGUUACGGGGAUGGUCAUCUCAUUAUUCCUAUUGGGAUCGUAUUACCUUUUCUUUGAUAAUGCACCGGUUGCAGCUGUAGUUGCUCUGCUGCUGUAUGUUGGGUGUUAUCAGAUAUCUUUUGGUCCCAUUGGUUGGCUAAUGAUAUCGGAAAUAUUCCCUUUACGGUUGAGGGGGCGAGGACUGAGUAUAGCAGUGCUUGUGAAUUUUGCUGCAAAUGCGCUGGUGACAUUUGCAUUUUCUCCUCUAAAGGCAUUGCUGGGAGCUGGGAUAUUGUUUUAUGUAUUUGGAGCAAUAGCAGUGGCAUCUCUAGUUUUCAUUUUCUUCAUCGUCCCAGAGACCAAGGGGCUUACUCUUGAGGAAAUUGAGGCCAAGUGCCUUUAGGCCAUCUGAACUUCUGGACUUCUGGACUCCUGGUGUUGCAAGUUGCAACCAAACAUUAGUCAUAAAAGUUGAGAAACCAAACUUCAUCUAUGUUAUAUAUUAUAGUUCACCUAAAUAGCAUGUUGUAUAAAUAAUAUUGUAACAUAUACUAGCAUAUGCCCCCACAUUUUGCGUAUGUCGACAUUUUUUAUUUUGUUUUUAAAAUGGGAAGUGUGUAAUCAUUUGUAAAAAAUGAGAGAAUUAAUGGUGUUGGAAAUUUGUUGCCAAUGAGGAAGAUACCUACUAUUUUUA